GGUGCAUGAUGUUGGAAAUGACAGAAGCCCACAAAGCUGUUUCAGAGUAUGAUUGCUCCACCUCACUUGGAAACAGACAGUUGAAAUUAUGGAAUCCCGAAAAUAGUCAAUGACAGAGGUAAACCAACCGAGGAAAACGAAGGGCAUAGAGGGAAUGAUAAAGACGAUGGGCUAUGAAAUUGGAGUAGGAAAAAUGGAAGACCCACACAUCACAUGAAGAAAGAAAGAGAAAAAAGUGGAGGAAUAAGGAAUAGGAAUUGCAUCCUCCUAAACAAAAGCCUCACACACCGCAAAUAUAAUAACGCUUCAUCCUCCUAAACAAAGACUUCGCGUCCAAGCAAUUUCCGAGUUAAAGAAGAUAUAUCAAAAGGGGAAAGCAGAGCGAAUCACUGGAGAAUUUUCAAGAAAGAAUCAGAUUUUGAGUUUCUUUUGGUGAAUCUGAAUAGAUCAGAAGGUGAUGUCGUGUUCGUCGUCGUCGGGGUCGGAGGAAGACGAUGAGGGAUUCGACUCUUACCGGAAAGGAGGGUACCACGCCGUCAGAGUCGGCGAUCAGUUCGGCGGCGGCAGGUACAUAGCGCAGAGGAAACUGGGUUGGGGUCAGUUCUCCACCGUCUGGCUUGCUUACGAUACCAAAACUUCUUCAUUUGUUGCUCUCAAGAUCCAGAAAAGUGCCGCCGAGUUUGUUCAGGCUGCCCUUCAUGAGAUUGAUAUUCUUUCAUCCAUUGCUGACCAUGACCCAUCAAAUUCAAAAUUUGUGAUUCAAUUGAUUGACAACUUUAAACACACUGGUCCAAAUGGGCAGCAUCUUUGCAUGGUCCUGGAGUUUCUUGGCGAUAGUUUGCUUCGCUUGAUCAAAUAUAACCGUUACAAAGGCCUUCCAUUGAAUAAAGUUAGAGAGAUUUGCAAAUGCGUUUUAAUUGGUUUGGACUACUUGCAUACUGAUCUUGGUAUAAUCCACUCUGACCUAAAACCUGAAAACAUUCUUCUAUGUUCAACCAUUGAUCCUGCCAAAGACCCUUUAAGAUCUGGACUCUCUCCAAUUCUAGAGCGACCUGAGGGAAACACAAAUGGUGGAGUAUCAAGUCUUAUUGAGAAAAGGUUGAAAAGGAGAGCAAGGUCGGCAGUUGCUAAGAUAUCCGGAAGGAGAGGGUCAAUGGGAGGAACAGAAGAUGUUGCAAAGACCGAUAGAAACAUUAAUGGGAUUGAUGUGCGAUGCAAGAUAGUAGAUUUUGGAAAUGCUUGUUGGGCUGAGAAGCAGUUUGCAGAAGAAAUACAGACAAGACAGUACAGAGCACCUGAAGUUGUACUGAUAUCUGGCUAUUCUUUCCCUGUUGACAUGUGGUCUUUUGCUUGCAUAGCUUUUGAACUAGCCACUGGAGAUAUGUUGUUUACACCAAAGGGUGGACAAGGUUUUAGUGAGGAUGAGGAUCACCUCGCCCUGAUGAUGGAACUCCUUGGAAAGAUGCCCCGGAAGAUUGCUAUUGGUGGAGCUCAGUCCAAGGAUUACUUUGACAGGCAUGGGGAUCUAAAAAGGAUUCGAAGGCUAAAAUUCUGUCCACUAGACAAAUUGCUGACUGAUAAAUAUAAAUUUUCAGUUAAUGAUGCUCGAGAGUUUUCAGAAUUUCUUCUACCACUCUUUGAUUUUGCCCCUGAGAAGCGACCAACUGCGAGACAGUGCCUGGAACAUCCAUGGCUGAAGUGCAUGGAGUCCCCUCCAAAUCAAACUGCUGAGGAAAAAGUGCAUGUUGGAAUUAGCAACCUUAAAAUCUCACAGUCCAAGGCAUAGUCACAUCACAUCUUUAAGCCCCUCCUUCCACAUGAACUAUUGAUUGUGAUAUUAUUAUUUUUUGUUAAACUUCAAUAAGAUUCUUUCUAUUGGAUUAUUAACUUCAAAGAUGUAAAUCAGUAAAGAAUUUUGUUCCUCCACAGAUAUCUGACACCAGAAUUUGCCUGUAUACUGUUCAUAUAUGUUGUAAGUCAUGACAUCAUAUGACUUUAAUUCAAGUCUUAGCUUUUUCUUUAA